CUCCCGCCUAAAAGUGCAUACACACAUUCAUUCAUAUCCUUCCCAAUCAACGAUUCACUUCCACAGUUGAGCAAAAAAAGAAAAAAAACUUGAGGAAGGCAGUAGCUAGCCAACAAGAUGGAUUCAUAUUUCACCGACGAGAAAGCAGCGAAGGUCGAGAAUAUCUUCUUGGAGUUUCUUAAGAGUUUUAGGUUAGAUGCGAAUUCGAGGGAACCUUUGUAUGAAUCGGAAAUCGAAGCAAUGAACCAAACGAGUCCCAACACAAUGUUCAUCGAUUUCUCUCAUGUUAUGCGGUUCAACGAUGUUCUGCAGAAAGCCAUUUCUGAUGAAUAUUGA